AUGACAAUGUUUUCAGCAGGACCAUCUGGCAUUCUUGGAAGUUGUACUCUGGCUACAGCGUUACUCGACCUCAAACCGUUUUUACAGUUACAACUAAUACCAAACAUAACCGAACAACAUGAAUUUUGGCGGUUAAUCACCUCGCAUUGUGCAUUUGCCAGUUCGGGAGAAGUGCUGUUAGGCGGAUUGGUGCUUUAUCAUCUUCGAACUAUUGAAAGACAAUUUGGAACACCAAAGUAUGCAGCAUUUUUAUUUGCGUCUUCAGCAAUAUCUACAAUACUCGAACUUGGAGCGUUAUGGGCCGGCAAAUCUUUUGGAUUGAAUUAUAUACCGGGAGGCCCAUAUGCGAUGAUAUUUGCAGGUUUAUAUCAAUAUCAAAGGGUGGUUCCGUCCACGCCACUCUUCACAUUUCUCGGUGUCACCAUUUCAAGCAAAAUUAUAGUAUAUUCUUUAGGAUUACAGUUAUUGGUCUUUCAUUAUCCUUCAUCAUCAGUUGCUGCUCUAUGUGGUAUAAUAGCUGCUGCGCUCUAUCAAAAUGAAAAUCUAGGACUAAAGAAAUGGCGACCACCCGGAUUCCUUAGCCAAUUUGCAUCACGAUUUAUACUACCUUUGUUAUCUACAAACUCUACGCGGAGAUGUACAACUACUGGUAGUAGCACCAUUUUAGAUCAACAACGACAGAUUACUCAAGAUCAUUCCAGGCGGCGAGGACCUCAAUCUCAUCGGGAUCCUCCGCUUCCUCCACCACUUCCAGCCGCAGCUACUGAAGAACAAAUUGCCACGUUACAAGCAAUGUUUCCACAAAGCUCCUAUUCUCAUAUAGCACAAGUCAUCCAGUCUGCCAAUAACGAUAUCAAUAGAGCGGCACAAUUUUUAUUAGACCAUCCUCGUUAG